AUGGGCAAUAUUCUUCACAUGAGGUCUGUAGAGGUCCCUUUCCCAAAGAUAUCCCACAACCACCGCAGCGUCCAUUGCCCCCUCCCUACCAACAGCCACCUACAACACUACUGCUACAACAGCAACAACAGCAACAACAGCAACAACACUAAAGUGACCGAGGAGGAGUCCUACCCUCUGGCCACGCAGAAGACUUCAGGUCAGGAGGUCAAAACUGGGGAAAGUGGUGAAAAGAAAGCCUCCAAACCCCAAGAUGGCCGCUCUAAAGACACCUCAAAAACAACGUCAGACGACAAACAAAGUCUGCCGGUCGUCCAGCAAGAGUGGAAGCUGGAGACUCUGUCACAAAAUAACAAAAACAAUAUCAUGAAAAGCCACAUAACUGUAGCGUCAAACGUAGCAACCAAAACGACAGUGGCAACUGUUGCCAGUGCGGCCCAGUCCAAGGCUAGUUCUAGUGUUCUAGUUCUGUGUCAGAAAUGGGCUGCCAUGGAGUCGGAGGCCCAGAGACCCAUGGCCAAGCGGCAGCUGUCGGAUGAGAGCGCUGCCUGCUCCCUCAGGGUGGUGAAGAAGAGUACUUUGAGGAGGGAGGAGGUGCAGAGUGAGGUGGAGGGAAGAGCCCCGGUGAAGCCCAAACUCCAGCCAAGGCCAAGGCAGAGCUCCAGUAUAGUGAAGAGUGGAAGCAUCUCAAAAAAAAAGCUCAGAAAGGAGCUCUUUGCCACAACAGAGGUCUUCAGCAGGGUGGAUAACCAUGCCAUCAAUACUGGAAAAGUGAGUUUCUAAUACUGUAGUGUUUUUGUGCAUAGGCUACAACUGUGUAAAUAUGUGUGUCUGUGCGUGUGUAUAUUGUAUAUACUUUUGUAUAUUUGUGCACGUAAAUGCUUGAGUGAGUGUGUGUGUGUGUGUGUGUGUGUGUGUGUGUGUGUGUGUGUGUGUGUGCAUUUACGUUUCUUUUUCUCCAUAACUCCUGUUUGUUUUGCAGUUGCGCAGUCAAAGGAUCUUCUCAGUUCCGACCAUCACCCAGACCAUCACAGAAGGAGCGCAGAAUGAGCUGGAGAAACUGAGAGCCAUCUGGAUCUGGCUCUGCCACAACAUCGGUCAGUAACACACACACACACACACAUGCACACACACACACACACACACACACUUCUAACAGCCAUACACUCGCACACACCUUCUCAGUUAUCCAACCCACGGCUUACUCACGACAGUGCAGCAACACUGCAGCAACCUGCCAACAACAUGACACCACUAGAACACUGUGCAUCAGUGGGCUUUACUCUAGAGCCACAUACUAUAAGGCAAGAGCUGGUCUCAUUAGGCUCUUUACCAUACUAGACAUACAUCACAAACUUUCCAUCCCUACACAGCUGUCCUAACAAUGCUACCAUAAGGUCUUUCCCCUGCGUAUAUACAGGGAUCAGCUGUUGGUGGAUGGGACCUUGCGGUUCAACCAAACGAGGAGAGCCGUUCAUUAAGAUAGACAUUCAUCUCACUCUGGGUCCACUGGAAAUGUUUAUGAAAUAGCCGCACACAGUUUCAGUCUGACGUGAUAAGUGGCCUCUUUAUCUAAUGAAAUAGGCAAGCAGUCCCGUGGUUAUAGUGUGGGAUUAAAUCAUUAUAAUUCAAUUUAAAUUACACUGUAUCUUUUUUCACGUCUCGAUGUAAGACAUGGAGUCUUUCCAGGAAAGCUGAUUGCAGAGUGAACUCAAAACCUUUAUCGUGACAUUUUGAGUUAUGCAAGGUAGUGGCAUAAUUCUUGACAUGUCCUUCCCUGGGCGUUUCUUUUUGCAGAGUACGACGUGAGUGGCUACCUUGGCCUGACGGACAAGCUGUGCUCCCCAGACAGGGUCAUUGAGACGGGUCGGGGCGUGUGCUGUGGAUACUCCAGCGUCUGCAUGCAGAUGUGCCAGUAAGACAGCAUUUGGACCAUUGAAAAAUACUCUUAUAUGUCUUUAUAAAUGGUAAAAAUAACAAUUGAGUGGUCUAAAACUGCAUGCCAUCGCCAGUAAUAGACACCUCAGGCACUCCACCCUUACAUGUUUCGUGCUUCGUUGCAGGGAGGCAGGAAUCGAAUGCCAAGAGGUGUCUGGCCAUGGCAAAGGUAUUGGGUACAGGCAAGGCCAGAGCUACCAAAACACCAAGUCCCUCCACAUGUGGAAUGCAGUGAAACUGGGAGGCCACUGGUAUCUACUGGACGCCUGUUGGGGAGCAGGGAGAGUAGACAUGGACAACAAAGCCUUUAUUAAGAGGUGAAUAUGAGUUCCUAGUAAAGCAAUUGGCCUACAUGUUUGCUAACUGUGCUAGCACAGAGUUAAGUACAUACUAUACUGUUGAGCACAACCUUUAUUAUGUUGACAAGCUGCCAACAGAUGCAAUUGAAUCACUAAGAAUAGCAAAAAAGCUAGUGUCUGAUCAGAUAUUCUAAAAUAAGCCCUGUGGGUUAUUCAUGCAUGGAAUGUCUCCAUAUUAAGAACCGUGUUGCUUGAUAAUGAUGAAAACAAGUAAUGAUGAUUGCCAAUCAUUACAAAGGCUAUUUUUGUAAUGGACCACUUAUAACAAGGUGGUCCACAGGACCAUACAUACAACAGUGCUAGUGCCAAAUAAGCCCGGAAUUAUCUCACUACACUCUUAGAAUUUUUUUUUCCAAAAGGGUUCUUCGGCUGUCCCCAUAUGACAACACUUUUUGGUUCUAGGUAGAACACUUUUUAGUUCCAGAUAGAACCCUUUUGGGUUCCAUGUAGAACCCUCUGUGGAAAGGGCUCUACAUGGAACCUAAAAGGGUUCUACCUGGAACCAAAAAGGGUUCUUCAAGGGGUUCUCCUUUGGCGAGAGCCAAAGAACCCUUUUAGGUUCAAGAUACCAUCUUUUUUUCUAAGAGUGUACUUGUGUAAUUUAUUUCAAAAAACCUUCUGAAAACUACUGCAACUUCUCCCAAACGUUGUUGCUUUCAAUUAGCAUUUGGAUUAGCAUUAGCGUUUCUGCUAUUAAGCCAUUCUCCUUGUCGUCCAGGUACGAUGACUUCUACUUCCUGACAGACCCUGAGGACUUCAUCAACUCCCACUGUCCAGAUGAGCAAGAGUGGCAGCUGCUGGACAAUCCCAUCCCACUGGAGGAGUUUGAGAAGAGGGUUCUAAAGACCUCGGAGUUCUACAGACUGGGCCUGACCCUCCUCCACCCCAAACACUUCCUGCUGGUCACAGGUCAGUCCCACAUCCAUAUAGAACCAAAAUGGCGGCACAGUCCAUAAAAACCUGGAGACUAGUGCUCAAGGUUGAAUUAUACAGUAUAAACGGUAUGGCUAACACUUCGGGAAAGUGGACACUGUUCACAGCAGUUAUUCACAGUUAGUCAUAAAUUAGUUGUAGAUGAAUAUGUGUUAAAGAGUUACCAUCAUUCAGGCCUAUACAAUAUGUUGAUUCAAAUUGCUGUUUCUGUACAGAAAAUGGUGAGGCCUCGGUGUCCAUGAAGUUCACCAAGCCUGUCGACUUCACCUACCAGAUCUCUCAGCGGAACGGCUGUGGACCCAAAGUGGUCAACAGCUCGUCUGGCCUGCUCACUGUGACCCGGGAGAGCAUGAGGUUACGACUGCUGCCCCCUACAGGUGGCACGUAUGACGUCAUGAUCUUUGCCCGGCCAGGUAACAACUCAGGGACGUUCAGCUGGGUCUGCUCCCUCCUGGUGGAGUGUCCAGAACAGAAACCAAUGGAAGAACUCCCUGAGAACCCCUUCUUGUCCUGGGGUCUGCAGCGGAACGCAGAGAGCCUGGGGGUGAAGAAGUGCAGCAACGGGGCAGAGGCUGCAGUGUCGAAGACUGGCUCCUUUGAGCUGGUCCUGCACACCUCCAGACCACUCAUGAUGCUGUGUGAACUGACCCACAAAGACCUUGACCCGUCCAUAGCCAAGAGGUGUCUGGCCACUCAAAUCCAAUCUGACCACCUCACCUGUAAUGUCCUCUGUCCCUAUCUAGGUUACUAUAGGUUGUCUGUGUUUGUUCGUGACUACGAGCGGCCCCAAGACGGCUUCAAGAAUGGAGGUAACUUCCUCUUGCGCUGCACAGAAGGCGCUAUCAACCUCAACGAGCUCUUCCCCCCUGCCCUUAGCACUGCCUGUGGGCCUGGAAUCCGGACGCAAGACGCCGGCCUCUCCAAGUUCAGCCACACGGGGGUGCUGGUGAGCACCCAGCAAGGCAAAUGCAACAUUACCUUCCAAAACCAACAAGACCUGGAGCUCCACGCUGUGCUGUUCAAGGAAAAACGCAAGAGACUGGGGCACCCACUCUCCCGGCACAUCUUCUUCACCUACAACAGCAGCAAAGUGACCAUCAGCGUGGCCCUACCCGAGGCCGGAGUCUACAAGCUGGGCCUUUACGCCAAGUCCUCCACUGACCAGGACUUCAGAAUGCUAUGUGACUUUGUGCUGCGCAACAGCUCAGAGAGCAGCUGGCCUCCGUUCCCCUGCACCUACACAGCCUGGCAGAGGGGUAGUGUGCUGUUCGAGCCCCGCGGGGGUCUCCUGGAGCCCCUGUCCUGGGUGCGUUUCAGGGUCAGGGUUCCCGGGGCCCAGAGGGUGAGCGUGCUGGGGGAGCAGCUGAUGGAGCUGCAGCUCAAUAAGAGCCGUGUGUGGGAGGGAGAGGUGUUCACCGGGGCCAACGUGUCCCAGCUCAAACUGGCAGCCAGCGAGGGUGGAGGUGGCUCCACUGACAUGGCCAUUAUCAUGUCCUUCGACGUGCUGAGCCAGCAGAACGAAAUGUAA